AUGCAGCGCUCAUCAGAUGUGCCAGAACACACUGACAAGAAAUUGAAUGAACCUCUCCCUAAUUGGCAUCUUCGGAACCGGCGGCUUGCGUCGUCGGAUGCAAGCCGCACGACUGCUGAAUCUGGAACAAUCGGCUCUCGGGCCGAAAAAUGGCAAAAUCGACUGCCACCAUCGUAUCAAUUGAAGCAGAUGCAAACUGUGCUGAAGCAGAUGCAAGUUCUAGAGACGGAUCCGAAGAAGGUUGCUCCGCCUUCUUUACGUAUGGAACCGUCUCGAGGUUCACACGAAGGCGCUACCGCCCAGUUUGAUGCCAACAAAUAUUUAUUUCGACCCGACGAAACAGUCCACACCAAUGUGGCAACAGAAGAUACGCGCUUCCAGACGACAGUGCUCCCGAAAACGCGAAACACCUUGGACACCCCUGAGGAGGAUGAGUAUCUGGGUUCCCUUCCGUUUGUCCUGCCUCUUUAUAGCUCCAAUUUCGCUGCCGAAACUCCUUACAUGAACACCAGUCAACUGCUGCUGACAGAAGAACCGCCUUUGCCGGCUCUGACACGCUAUUACACCCAGCUGGGCAAUAUUACUACGCUGUAUCCGUUAAUUCACAAUGUGACUCCGCCCAUCGAUGAGACCAUUGGUAUCGACACAGUUACUACUUUUCUUCAGUCGGUCUUGGACGAGGACAUGCGAAACCGGAUUGUUGCUGCAACUCCGCCGAGAGUCUUCGGCAGAGUGGAGGAGCUAUUCUGGGGAACGGCUGUGCGAUUUUGGAGGGCGUGGGUAGAUUCGUGGAGGGACCUCAAGGAGAAUCCACCUCGCGGAUGGGGUUGGAAACGAGAAGAGGCAGAAGGUUACCGAAACAUUUACAAUGAGUUUGCUUCCUGGGCGUAUGACGCUCCAUUCUCCCUAUAUGACAUGCUUUUCAACGCUACGAUUUUAUACUCGUUUCCCAUUUUGCAAACUCGAGGAGAUGCAAUCGCGCGUCGGGAUGAGGUGUUGGCUCGCGAUAUGGAGAAACAAGCUAUUUUCUAUGCCCCAAUUUUCUACAGUUCAAUGAGUAUCAUGCAGGUAGGUAAUGAAAAUGACAUGACUAAGGAGCGACAUGUGGGUGAAGCAUGA